UUCAUACUCAGGCUCCAAAAAAAAAACUUUUGUACACUGUUUGAAUAUCCUUCACUGUUUUCACUCUUGGAUAAUUCUGAUUUUCUUUCUACCUGCGGCAACCACACUGGAGCGAACCCCACUCCGCCACUCCACCGGUUUUCACCGCCAGCGUCGCCACUUCAAGACUUCCUCCACCAGCAGCGCCACAGGGUUCAUGCUUGCAAGUUCAUCAAUUUCAAUUGCCUAUCAGCUGUUUGAUAAAAUGCCUGUUCCAAGUGAGGUUACUAAAUAGUAGACAUAAGCAUGGAUGGUGCAGUGCUCUCUUGUUUCUUCUGUAAAGUCUCAGAAACCCAUGUUCCUAUUCGGUUUACUGAAUCACAGAAGACUUCAAUCAAAAGAAACCAUCAGGAUGAAGUUAGGUUCAGUUUGAUGAAUCCAUCAAGAACCAGAAUUUACCUUAGAAAACCAUUCAAGAAAUCCAAUGAUCCUCAGGGAACAAAACCUUUUAAUGACCCUGAUGAUUCAAAUUCAACCUCUAUGGAAAUGGAUCAUGAAAAUGGUGAAGAUGAAGUAGAAAAAGAAGAAGACAAUCCUGAGUGGGACCCAGAUGAGAUUGAAACAAUCACCUCACUAUUUAGAGGAAGAAUCCCUCAAAAACCCGGAAAAAAAGCUAGAGAAAGACCUCUUCCUCUCCCACUUCCAUACAAACAACAACCAUUAGGACUUCCCACUUCAAAGAAAUUUGCAAAAACCAUAAACUCUUCAAGAAAAUCUUUAUCUAGCAAACUAUACAAAGAUCCAACAUUCUUAAUCACUCUAGCCAAAGAAAUCAAAAACCUUCCUCCUGAAAAAGACGUUUCCACAGUUUUAAACAAUUACACUCGAUUUCUUCGCAAAAGUUCAUUGUCAUUAACAGUAAGAGAAUUAGGGCACAUGGAUUUACCCGAAAGAGCUUUACAAAUCUUCUGUUGGGUCCAAAAACAUCCUCAUUUAUACCCAGAUGACACGCUUCUUGCUUCAACAGUUGAAGUCCUUGCAAGAAACCAUGAGUUAAAACUAUCUUUCAAACUAGAAAAAUUCCUAAGCCUAUCAAGCCAAAACGUGUAUGAAGCAGUUGUGAAGGGUUUCAUAAGAAGUGGAAGCUUAAAACUUGCAUACAAACUCGUUUCAGCUGCUAAAAAUGGGAAGAUAAUGGUGGACACUGGUGUUUAUGCAAAGCUGAUUUUGGAACUAGGAAAAAGCCCUGAUAAUUAUGUACAUAUUAUGGCUUUACUUGAAGAGCUUGGAGAAAGAGAGGAUUUGAAUCUAACACAGCAAGAUUGUACAUCAAUCAUGAAAGUUUGCAUAAAGUUAGGAAAAUUUGAGAUUGUUGAAGGUUUAUAUAAUUGGUUUAAAGACUCGGGUUAUGAACCAAGUGUAGUGAUGUACACCACUGUUGUGCAUAGUCGUUAUUGUAGUAACUGUUAUCGAGAGGCUUUGGCUUUGGUGUGGGAAAUGGAAGGGCGAAAUUGUCUUUUUGAUCUUCCGGCAUAUCGCGUGGUGAUAAAAGUUUUUGUUGCUCUUAAUGACCUUUCGAGAGCUGUGAGAUAUUUUUCAAAGAUGAAGGAGGCUGGUUUUUCUCCUGGAUUUGAUAUUUAUAUGGAUGUCAUAAAAAUCUAUGCAAUUCAUGGGAGAAUUGGUAAUUGUAAAGAGGUUUGUAAGGAGGCAGAGGUUGCUGGAUUUAAAAUGGAGGAACAAAUGAGGUCGAUGUUAAUGAAUGCAACUCAAUGAAAUAUAUAAACAUAUUUUAAUUAUGAAAUCUUCACCCUUUGAUUUUGUAGAUGCAAGCAAGUUGUCUUGUAAUGAUAUGUUUAUCAUCAUCAAUGUGGAUGAAACUUGUUAUUUUUAUCAUAAAUUCAGUCAACCUAAA